AGUGAUAGAGGGAUAAUGAAGAAACAGCAAACAAUGAAGAGCAAGAGUCACCUAUACUUCGCAGGGAAGAAGGCAGGGAACAGAAAAAUGGAUUAUUCAUCCAUGAGCGACAACAGAUUAGCGAUGGAACCAUCCAAAGAGUUUGUAUUCAAUUACAAAGGGUGUUACUUUGCUGUAAAUACUACACCUGAGCAUGUAGCUUCCCUGGAGAAUUUUGAAAUCAAAGACAGUGAUAUAUUUAUAACUACUUAUCCAAAAUCAGGAACAGUGUGGACUCAGAAUAUUUUGAGCUUAAUACUCCACAAAGGCCACCGUAAUGGAACAGAAAAUAUGGAGACCAUGGACAGAAUCCCCUGGUUGGAAUAUAAUAUAAGAAAUGCUGAUUUUGAUAGUCUUCCUUCGCCUCGAGUUUUUGUCACUCACCUGCCUUACUACUUAACUCCAAGAGACCUGAGAAACAGAAAGGGACGUGUUAUUUAUGUCUCCAGGAACCCUAAAGACGUGUUGGUUUCUUACUAUCACUUCUCCAAAUUCAUUGUAACUUUAGAGGAAAUACCAGAUUUUAACAUUUUCAUGGAGAGAUUUUUAGCUGGAAAAGUGCUUGCCAGUGCCUGGUUUGAUCACGUUUCAGGCUGGUGUAACCAUGCAAAGGAUUUCAAUAUACUCUUCCUGACCUAUGAGGAGAUGAAAAAGGAUCUCAGAAGCGCUGUGCUGAAAAUCUGCAACUUCAUAGGCAAGAAGCUGAGUGAAGAGGAAAUAGAAAGUGUUGUGAGACAAGCUACAUUUGAGAACAUGCAAAAAGACCCCAGGGCAAACUACGAGAACAUGCCAGAAGACAUUGCAAUGAAAGGGAAGGGCAGAUUUCUACGGAAAGGCACCGUUGGAGACUGGAAAAACAUGAUGACAGUGGCGCAGAAUGAAAGGUUUGAUGAAGUUCUUAUGGACAAAAUAAAGACCCUGCCUAUCAAGUUCACCUGGGAUCUUGACAGCGAAAUGUAGUCUGGCUUUGAGUUUUGUCACUCUUUGGAGUUCAUUGAGGAUGGACAUGCUUGAAGUCCAGGAAGAACCAACCAUGACAAUUUUCAGCUGUGCUGUAGAGACAGUAAAUAGGAGAACCCAUUCAGAAAAUGAGACUUAUCUGAAGGAGUUAUUCAAUGUCUUCAGUUUAGUCUUUCUAAUUUUAUGAAUUCUUUUAGUUAAUUUCCAUAGUAAACCACGCAUUCCAUUCUCCAUGAUUGCCAUUUGCAUUCGCUGGUUUUUAUAACACCCCUGUUACAGGCAGCCAAAUGAAGUAGCCCUGAUGCUGCAUGUUCUGAUGUUGCCUACUGACUGAAAUGCUUCACUACACUGCCUGUGUUCCUCUAAUAUUCAGAUUUUCUUCCUAGAGCUGUUGUGGUUGGAAGCUACCUGCAGUCUGUGACUUACAUAGACAUUGGCUCACUAUCAGGAUUAUUCUGUCCAUGAUGCCCAUGAACUGUUCAUGAUUUUUACAAAGAAACAAAUAAACAAAUAAACAAACAAACAAAACAAAACAAAAAACUUCAACAACCAAAAAAGUAAAAAAACACCAAAUCUUGAUUACUUAAGAAUUAAUGACAUUUGUGAGGUCAAUGACACACCUCGAACAUGUGUGUGAAUCUGAGAGACAUUACUAUUAUUAUUAGCAUUUAUCUCCUAAAUGUUGCCAGUUGUCAUACAUCAGUGCUUCUUUGUAGUUUAACAUAAGCAUAAAGUAAUCUUUUAUUUCCACCUAUUCUAAUACUAUCAGUGGUAAAUUCAGCUUCAAGGAUGAACCCAUUCUCAAAUCACUCUUAAUACUGAGAUGAUGUAUCUUCCCUAAUGAGAACAAUUAAUAUAGAACUGCCUUGCAGACUGACUGUAUUUAUAGAAACUUUAAGGAUCUCUGAGUCUCCCAUUCCUUUCUUUUUUUCCCCCCCCCAAAAUAUAAUCAAUUUAGAGAAAUCAAAUCUGCCAAAUUUCUCAAAGAGAGAAAAUAUGAAGUUUAAUCUCAGUAAGUAUUGCAAAGCAGUUACUAUUGUGCAUAACAGUGGUUUUCUCUGAAGUACUUAGGAAAGGAGUUAUGGCGAGUCUUGAUUAAAGCAGGACAGGAUGUUGGUGUUUAACUACUCCUUCAUCAGUCUUCUUAUUUCUCAUGCCACGUAGUCAUUACUGCCAAUGAAAUUAUGAGUUUAUAUAUACAGAUAUUUGUAUAAUAUAAUAAACUUCUUUAAAUGUAAAUUAAUUCUAAAUAUCUACUCUGUCAUGACUAUUUACAGAACAUUUUUCUUUUUCCUUAACUUUUCCUUCACCUCUUUCCAUGAUGUUCAAAUAAAAACAGUGCUGUAUAGGCGAAGUUUAUGCUUCCGUAAUGUCUCUAUAAUUAUCAGCCUUGCAGCUAUCUUUCUUGACUCAAGAAACUUGCAUUCUGUUUGCUCACAUAAGUUGGUGUUUCUGUGUCCUUUAUUUCCCCCUACUUGUCCAGGUAACCUCACUGUUAGAUGGAGGUGAAGGUUAGUUUAUGUACAGGAAAUACUUUAUGGAAAAAUGCUAUAGAAGUCUAUGCACAAGAGUGCAAAUGUUUCAUUUCUACACCUGUUUUUAUUCUGAUUGCAGACAGUAACCGACCCCAUUCCAUUCUCUGUAUCUUUCAUCUGCAUCUGAAUGUUCAUCUCUAUGUUUUAUGUCUGCUACUGCAGUGCUUAAAAAGUUAGAAAAAUACCCAGUAGGUAAAUAAAAAGUGCAUCUGCUUUACUCA